CAAGUGAUCUUGGCUCAAGUAACCUUCUACAAGUUUUACCGCUUCAGGCUGUCGCCUGAGCAUGGCAAGAACGUGCACGUUCCUCUUUCUAUCAUUCUAUUUCGUUGCUGCGUUCGGCGAGAAGCUCGGCGAGAAGCUCGGCGAGAAGCUCGGCGCUUGCAAGAGCGACAGCUGCCGAACGGAGGCCGAGCAUGUUUUGCCGUCCUCUGGGCACACUUUGCUGCAGACGGCCUCCUCAGCGAGCACCAUCUCGACGGUGACACAGCUCCAGGCUCAGGUUCAGAAGAGCUUUUCCGCUGCCCUGGCGACCCGGGCAAACAGGAGCUCGAAGCAAUCCCAGUUGGAUUCUGCAGUCUCCUCCAAAAUAUUCAACGACAUCGCGGACUUUGCAGAGGAUGUGGGAAAUGGCGUAGUGGACGUGGCGGAGGACAUUGGCAACGGCGUGGUGGAUGUCGGCCUGACGGUGGGCUCCGAGAUUGGCAACGCGGCCAAGGUGGUUGGGAACUCCAUCGUCGACACCGCCGUGCUGGCCGUGACUGAGCUCCCGGCCGCCGUGAAGAACACUGCCAGCGCCUUGGGCAAUGCGGCAGUGUCCGUCGGCGACUUUGUCGUGGACGCGGGGGAGGUGGUAGGGACCUUCCACGCAAACCUCGCGGGCCAUGUGCUCAGCACGGCGCAGUUCGCGGUGUCGCAGGGUGUGACCUUUGCCAACCGCGUGGGGUCCGAGAUCGCGGCCAAGGCCGCUGCUUUUGGCAGUGAGUUCCAGAAGCUGGGGCCCCUGCUAGCUGGCUUCGGUUCGGCUGUCUGGGACCAGAUCAAGAGCCUGCUGAACUGCUUCCUGAGUCAUGUCUCGAUGUGCAAAAUCUUCUUGGACAACGCCUGCGACUGCAGCGCUGGUAGCGACAUCACCUUCACCAGCAACUCGAUCCGCGUGAAGUGCUUCGCCAAGCACUUCACCAACGGGUUUGGCUUGUCUGCAUCAGCUUCAGCCUUUGGCUCGGCGGAUAAGGGCAGCAGCGGACGGGUGAAGCUGCCGGGGAACAUUUUCAGCCAGAGUGCCAGGACCGGUGAGCUGAAGCCGAAGAAGGCGCUGGGGUCUUUGUUGUCUAAGGCGCCUGCUGGAUCCUGCGAGAGCUCUCUGGAAUUGGCCGUCGAUGGGGUCGUGCAGUUUGCGCCCGUGGUGACCAUUGAGGCUGACCUGAGCGGGAACACGAUGAUCGAGAUCUCGGGGAUGGUGCGAUCCUCCAUUGAGGUCUUGGUCAAGGGCGAGGGCUCCUGUUCCUUUGUGGCUGAGCGGCGCUUCCCAAAGAUUCCCAAGACACUGGUGUUGUGUGCAAUCCCUUUCUGCAUCGCCAUGAUGAUUCAGAUGGUGGCGGAAGUGGAGGUGGCCGGCAUCUUGACAGGAGCUUUGGACAUGAGUGCCAGCGCAGACUUCGAGAUCAGCGGGUCCAUCACGCUGAACCCCAGCGGGGAUGCAUCGGCAGACUUUGUGAGCCCCCGCAUUGUGCACAAGGAGGGGUUCUCGUUGGCGGCGGCCAUUGGUGGCUUUAUGCGCAUGGGGCUCGGCCCGCAGUUGGUGGUGUGGCCGAUGCCCGGCGUGCCCAUCACCGUGAAUCCCAUGCUCAAUGCGGAGUUUCGAGGAGAGACCACCGCUGCCUUUGCCGCCACCGGCAGCGGAACCAUCGGCCUCAUGGAGACCAACUCCUCGACCUUCACUACAGCGGGGUCAAAUGUGUCGCGCACCGGGGCGACCCACAUCGCCAUGUGUGGGGCUGCGGCGCUCAAUAUCUACGCGGACACGGACGUGCAGGGCUUUGCUUUGCCGGAGCCUAUCACGUUCGCCCUUGGCACGAGGUGGAUCCAGGAUGCGAUGCGGGAUGCCAUUUUGGCCGGAGCCGCUGCCAUGGUGCAGGUGGCGCUAGGACCUCUUGGCUGCAUCCCCGGGGUGAGCAACGCUGCAGACCUGGUCAUGGAAGGGGCGAUGGCAGCGGCGAGCUUCUUUUCGGGGUUGAUCCCUGACCUAAACCUGGACUUCUCCACUCCUUCCAUGGAACUACUGGCUCCAACAAAGCUCUUCUGCAUUGAGGCAGUGACCACCCCCAACUUUGCCACUUCCUCCUGCGCCACCGAAGUGGGCUGCAAGGGUGCAGGGCGUAUGCCCAACCCCACAGUGCAGAAGAUCCCACCCGAGCAGAUCGUUGAGAGGGUGGAGAACACGGGCUCAGCACCCACCUGCUAUGAUUUGCCCAUGGGCGAUCGCUUCAUCCAGCUGGGUGACUUCCGCAUCGCUGCCAUCGACGACAACCACCUGUCCAUCAGCCACCGGCACGGCCAAACGGAGCAGAUCUUCCGGAACGAUGGCACGGUGCACCCGGGGCCACGGACCGACUUCAACGCCUGGGGCAGGCCAAUCGGGCCCCCGUCGGGGGUGGCCUUCGGGUUCCAGUUCAUUGAGAUCGGCAGCUUCCGGCUCGGCUCGUACGACGGUGCCCACUUCUCCAUCUCGCACAAGAGCGGCUGGACGGAGCAAAUCUUCCGCUCUGAUGGCACCUUGCACCCGGGCCCACGCCAGGACUACCACACCUGGGACCGCCCAGUGUCCCAGUCGGAAGGCAUCACCUUCGGAGAUCGCUUCGUCCAAAUCGGGCCCUUCCGAUUGGGCGAUCACGACGGUGUGCAUCUCAGUGUGACACAUGUGGACGGGUACUGCAUUCAGAUCUACCGAUCCGAUGGCACCCUGCACCCGGGCCCACGCCACGACUUCUCGCUGCGCAGCCGCCUGCCCAACGCCUGGACUUGUAAGACCAUCGACGAAGCGGCCUUCGGCGCUUGCAUGGUCUUCGGAGACUACGGCAACUUCGGUGACCGCUUUGUACAGUUCGGGGAUUGGCGCUUGGCGGCCAUCGACGAUACGCACCUGUCCUUCUCGCACAGGGGGGGCUACACCUCGAUGGUCUUCCGCUCCGACGGCACGCGGCAUGGGGGCCCCCGCACGGACUACGGCGCCUGGCACCGACCGAAUGGCUUCCCUUACGGCAUCACCUUCGGGCCCGGCUUUAUUGAGCUUGGGAACUUCCGCAUUGGCGAUGUGGAUGGACAGUACUUCUCCAUCUCGCACAGCAGCGGCUGGACCUCGCAGAUUUUCCAAUCUGACGGCACCAUGCACCCGGGCCCGCGCACGGACUUUGGCCUCUGGACGCGGUCCUCUGGCCCAGCACGGGGUGUGACCUUUGGCCCGAAGUUUCUGCAGCUCGGGAGAUGGCGCCUCGGGGACUCCGACGGCCACCACAUGCAGUUGACUCAGUGGCAAACCGGCAUGACUGCCCAGAUCUACCGCUCUGACGGCACAGACCACCCUGGGCCCCGCACGGACUGGAGCCGCGUUUUGAUGGAUCGUUAUCCCCAAUGGCACUGCGGCAUGAUAGAGGAUGUCUUUGGGCUUUGCACUGGUCUAGUUGCAGGGGAUCGCUUCCUGCAGCUGGGCAAGUGGCGCCUCGCAGACAUUGACGGGACCCACUUCAGCGUGUCAUCUCAGAGUGGGCAGACUGCGCAGAUCUACCAUUCGGCCGGCACUGUGCACCCAGGGCCUCGCACGGACUUUGGGUCCUGGGGCAGGAGUGGUGCGGAGACCUCGGGGGAUGCGAAGAUCGCCUUUGGGGACCGCUUCAUUCAGUUUGGCCACUGGCGACUGGCGGCCAUCGACGACAACCACCUGUCCAUCUCUCACUCCGGCGGAAAGACCGCCCAGAUCUUCCACAAGCACGGCACGCUGCACCCAGGGCCCCGCACCGACUUCGGCGCUUGGGGCAGGCCUUCUGGUCCGCCGGUGGGUGUCAGCUUCGGGGACCGGUUCCUGCAGCUCGGGCCAUUUCGCGUGGGGGACGUGGAUGGUGGGCACUUCUCGGUGAGCCACGUGGGGGGCAAGACCGCGCAGAUCUUUCGUGACGAUGGCACGUUGCACCCGGGGCCUCGCACUGACUUCACCACCUUCGGCCGCAGCCUGCAGGAGUGCAGUAUCGUGAAGUGAGGCUGCACCGGUCUGUGACGGGCGCGCAGGGUUUUGGCAUGUCCACGACGGACUUGUUGGUUGAUAUCCACGGUCUUUCUAUUGCCCUGUGCAUGCCUGCUUUGGUUGUAAAGCCGAAGCACCAGACGUGCGUGUUUACCAACCAGACACACCCUUUGCCCA